AUGCAGGACGCGGGGGAUCAGAGCCGCUCCUCUGCCACCUCGAACAGCCUGUCACUUGCAGCUCUCCAACAUCAGCAAUUGUCUGUACCUACAUCUCACGGUAUAAAUAUCAAUGGGUGGAAUGUGAACACGCAGACAAACAGACCAAGUGUUGGGUUUGGAGAUCCUAUGUCAAGUCCGGGCCAGCUUGAGAGGGACGGCAUUUCAUUAUUCAACUUGACGAAUGAGGCGGAGGCCGCGUCUCGAUGGCAGCAAGAAAUACCUUGGUUCUCACAGAAUCCGUUUCCCUCCCCCGAACUACCUAUAUCGCCAGAGCUUGAAGACCCUAUGCAAGGAAAUGGCUUCACGGGAGCUUCCGAGGAUCUAAACUUUGAUCUCCUGGGCUCACUUGGAAUCUUGACUCAGAAUCGGAUCACACCAGGCCAGAUAUCUCAACCGGGCGGAUUUUCAACCAUGCUUAAUACUCCAGUCUCAUCCGACGGCCACUAUCCAAGAACAGCAUCUAUUGCCGAACCCCACAGUAAUCAGAACUCUCCACUUGAUGUUGAGGCCGACACCGAACAAGGUAAGACUCUGCACGGCGCUGUCAAAGCUGCGCGUGGUACGGACUUGCCAAAUACGGCCGCAACGCGUCCGCAGUAUGGUAUUAGCCAAAACCUGCAGUCAUGUCCUUUCCACAGACUACACAAAGACGAUGAUCUUAUCAAAAUGGUCAGCAACUACCCAAGUGUCAUGUUGCAACCAGGAGUAUAUCCCCCAUUUGUACAUCACAAGCUAUACCGAUGUUCUGCCGGCGACGUGGCAGAACCGCUAGCCAAGGCCUUUUGCUGUGUUGGGGCGUUCUACGCUUCUGUCCCUGUCAGCGAGACAUUUGUCUACUCGCUCAUAAAUGAGGAGACCAAUAAGCUUGUCAAAGGAUUUCAUCAAAUACCCCGUUCUGAUGCGGACAUGCUGGCGGUAGUCCAUGCCAUGUGUAUCUAUCAGAUCCUGGGGUUCUUUGUUAGCGUAAAUCCAGAACAGACGCGUGCAGCCGAGUCACAGCAGAUGUUUUUCCUCAAGAUGACCAGACGUCUCGCCCAACAGUAUCUCCGAACCUCAACAGUCAAGGACGGAGAAGAGAGCAAUUGGCGCAAGUGGCUCAUGGACGAGACAAUUCGCAGAACUGUUUUCCUUGUCAAUGCCAUAAAUACGCUUUCCUGCCGUAUUCAGAAGCAGGACCCGAACUACUUUGAGCCUCUAGACAAUGAUCUCAUUCACAACUUGACUCUGCCAGCACCUGAGGUUGUCUGGAAAGCCUCUUCGGCAGAAGAAUGGACUCUUGCCAAGUCUCAACUUCCUUCUGACGAUUUAGCGCGCACAAAGGUUACUAUUCGCCAGGCUGUUGAUCAGAUCAAGAAUUCAGGAAGACUUGGGGACCGAGGCACUCGAGCUAGCCAGCUACAGUUCGACGUGUUUGAUGACUUCACGAAGCUCGUCAUUGCUACAGCAGAUGUACAGUAGCAGAAUCUGGGAUUUUGCCCCCAAAGCGUAAAUUUUAGAGCGGCUCAUUUCGUCGAUGUAAUCCAUUAUGGUCCUGUCAAUGCUGUGCUUCCUAUGUUGAUGUUAAAUGGCAGCCUGAUGUCUGAAAGGUUACUUGGGAAUGACAAGCUAUUGUAUAUGUAGUUAAUCUAUAACAUCAUUGAAACACC